GAUGGGACCUGGGCGCGCGCGUCUGCCGGCCGCGCCGCUUUGAUUAGUGACCGCCAGGGGGCGCUCGUUGCUCGUGUCCGUCUCCGUCGCAUUUUUCUGACUUCAUCAUGAAGGUGAAAGAGCGCAGCGAGCGAAGGUGAAAACCAUACGCGCAACUUCACUGGAGGCAUGGAAGAUCUUUAAGAUGAAUAAAGCGAGACCAUGAGCCGGUUUUGGAUGCAGAUUUUGCAUAUCAGGCGCUCUAUCGGACGGGUCCCCACACGACGGCUCACGCCAGAUCCGGUCCAUUUGGGAUGGAGUCCCUGCACAGCAUCCGUGGUCCGGUUUGGUGUCUAUUCUGGCACAUCAAGUGCAAGUGAAUGUAGAAAAUAUCCCCAGGUGUGGCCUGUGGCCCCUGUGAGGUAUAAGGGCAGCAGGGACUCAAAAAAAGGCAGUAAAAAUAAGAAGCAUACGGCAGCAGAGGAGGAUGAAGACGAAGAUACUGACCUAGAGGCCAGUGAUGAAGAAGAACCUGAAGAUGACCUUAAUCUGCGAAGAAACUACAAAGACCAGGAGCGAGUUGUGCCGUCCCUUCGUUAUGACCUCAUCAUCAGGGCAGGCCUGGAUGUGCCCCGACACAAAAUCGACGACGCGUUUUACCAGAACAGACUGAGGCUCAAUGGACAGCCGCUCAUCAAGAAAAGCAAGACGGUCUCGGUUGGGGACACCCUGGACCUGGUGCUUGAGGACAACGCAGAGACGGGUGUGGUGACCCUGAUGAGAGUCGUGUUCAAGGCAGCAGCCGAGGCGACGGAGACCGCAGAGAAGCACAAGGUGGUGCUGAGACGCUGGAAACACCUCAUGCUUCCGAAGACGGAGGCCCACGGGCAGUGAUGGUGGCCAGGUUGUCGGCAUGGAAACGCGCCCUGGACAGGACACUGGCACGGUGUUAUAUGGUCACUAUGUGGUCGUUGGUGAUGUAUUUGACAUUGUCCGUUAAUACGACUUUUGUAAUGAUUGUCUCUUUUUAAAUGUGAUUAAAAGCCACAAGCAGUG